GAAGCAUGCCAGUCGCUCCUGCCGGGUCUCACCGCUAGAGAUAGCAGCAGCUGAAGCAGCGCAGUGCGCGGAGCGCGUACAACCCGUCCGUCAUCUUUGCCGUGUUCUCAAGGUUCGAUCGCCUCACCAGAGAUCAGCGUCUCGCCGCCACCAAGUGUUGUUUAUAUCAGCACACCGAUUGACACCAACUAGGAUCAUCAUGAGAGGCGUGGCACUGGCUGCCGUGUGCCUUCUGGGUGCCCUGGUCCGUAUCGAAGCCGGCGGCGGCGGUUACGGGGGAGGCGCCGUGGCUGUCGCGACUCCGGUCAUCACCAAGACAACGCCCAUACUCAUCGCUGCAUCCAAGCCUGCACUCCCGAGCAUUGGCCACUCUGGUCACUACCUCGGAUACGCGGGCAACGUUUUUGAGCAGCUGCUGAGGUUCAGCGGACACUAUGGCCUGCCCAGAGGUGGUGGUGGAGGGGGCAAAGGUCUACUGGGUGCGGUCAGUCUGCCAGUGUACAGUGGCAAUCUGGUGCUUGGCCAUGGCCAUGGUGGUGGCGGCGGCGGCAGAGGCGGAGCCUUCCUGCUUGGCCAUGGCGGCGGCUUCGGCGGUGGCUCCCUCAAGACCUACAAGUUGGCUCAGAGCUCGUAUGGCAUUCCCGUUGGCCUGCCCGUCAGCUUGGCCCAUGGAUGGCACUGACACUACGGGAGCUGGCCCUCCCGACCAUUCCUCAGCGUAACGAAUGGCACAUCAACCAUCGCGAAUCCUCGAGUGGACACUUGUACAUAAUGUUUCACAUUACAGUUCAUUACGUUUUCCUCUUGUUCAAUAAAACACGUUUGAUUUUUGCUGUUUUAAA